CUAUGGGGACUGGGUAUAACUCAUGUUUUGGAUGCUGCACAUGCACACUACAUGCAUGAUGCUCUCAGCACAACAGGUGGCGCCCCCUGGAGGAGGUAAACGUUGCACGGCACAGAAACAGCUGCUCGCAGAAUGUGUUGUACGCGCAGACGUCUAUCAUCAGCGGAGCUCCGAGAUGCUCAGUGGUAUCGUGUGACCGAGCAGCGUCAUAAAGAGCACCUGUUUGUGUGGAUCACGGCGUGCCAAACCCGUUAUGUAUAGCCUACUGAAGCCUCGGGAAAACAGCAGAAACGCAUCUUCACGGGCAUAAUAAUCUGAUCUGGGUCAACUCAGAAGAAUGACAGCUCAGAAAAAUAAACACGGACUCCUGGCUAUUAAGGAGUUAGAGAAUAUUCUGGACACAUGUAAACUUGAUCUAAAUCCAGUCGACGAGGUCUGGCCGAACUUGUACAUCGGAAACGUGGCCAUUGCUCAAAAUAGAAAUGCUUUGAAGAAAAUGGGCAUCACUCAUGUCUUAAAUGCUGCCCAUUCCAAGCAAGGCAGCAUUGGGGACCAGAGUUAUUACGGCAGUACAAUUGUGUAUUAUGGCAUCCCAGCAGAUGACUCUUCAUCAUUUGAUCUUAGUGUAUACUUUAAACCUGCUUCUGAUUUCAUCCACAAAGCCUUGAGGAAGAAGAAUGGAAAGGUGCUUGUUCAUUGCAUCAUGGGAAUGAGUCGGUCUGCCACUCUGGUUCUAGCGUACCUUAUGCUGUGUCAGCGUCUUACUCUCCACACUGCCAUCCAAACAGUUGUACUGCGAAGAGCAAUCUAUCCUAACAGGAACUUUUUGAGCCUUCUCCUGGAUUUGGGCAUUCAGCUACAGAGAAAGCGAAUGCUGUGUCCUAUUCUCUGACAGAAAAACACAAAUGUCAUGAGCACACAAAUGCACAUGCAUUCAUUUUAUAUAACUAAAAGGUAAGGAGGUAACCACCAUUGGUAUGUUUACAUUAUUUACGAUAUGUAUAUAUAUUGUUUCAUAUAGUAAAACUUGUGCCUUGCAGGUUUAGUGUAUGUAUAGACCAUCUUUGUACUUUUCCAUACAUUUACAAGGUUAUUAAAUAAAGUUUAAGAAUUUAUCUAUAAAACACUUUAAUAUUGAAUGAAAGUUUUAAUACUGACUUUUUAACUUAAUUUACAUUUGACAUGUUUGCAUAGUCAUAUUAACAUAGGUGGCUUUAAUGUACAAUGUAGUGUAAAUGAAGGAAAUGAGAAUGGUGUUUUUAAAGAAAGUCUAUAUGAUAUAUUCAAGUUGCAGCUCUCUGAACCACAGCACACAAGUGCCACAUGCUCCUCACACUGCGAAUAAUAUUUAACAGUGGAGUCAGUAUUCAGCAUAGAAUACCAAAAUAAACAGUAUUAAAUGAUUGAAUUGUGGUUUAUUAUUCAGCUGCAGAGAAAAACCUCACUGUGAGCAGUAUUAGCUUUUAUGUUGCUUUUGGCAGCCACAUUUGGAGAAAAAUAUACUGGCCAAGCACAACACUCUUCUGUUGACUCAAUCCUAAAAGCCUUGUUUAAAUGACUGAGCAGCACUCGCUGAUGUGGUUUUAGUGCACCUUUUUGUUUUAAUAGCAGAAUAAUGUGUUUCAUUCAGCUCAU